UACUAUACCCCACCCUCUUCUCUAAUUUUACUUGUAGACCCUACUUCUCUCUCCGUCUCCUCUCCAAUAUGAAGUCGUAUGUCGUUUUCUACAUAGUCUUUAAGAUACUGGACGGAUUCAAAUUGCCAUCAUUAUACUACGCUACACCCCACCCUCUUCUCUCCUUUUUAUCCAUCGACUGACCAAGUCCAAGUCUGUUAGAGUGAGAAAGGAGCACUGGCCGGCCCUCCCAGCUGCUGAGGCUUUUUUUUCCCCCCUCCUCUUCCUUUUUCUCCCCUCCAACCCUACUUCUGUUACGUUGCUGAACCGAACCACGUAAAAGAGCCCUACACAUAACGAUGAAUAAUGUGUUAAUUAUGUGCAUGGAGACAAAGGAAGGAAGUCGCCAAAAAUGGGGCGUUUCAUGAUAAAUGAGUGACGUUCAUGAGGAAGAAAUGAGAACCAAUUAUAACAGUGCCUAUAUCUUCUUCACACAACAAUUUCGUUAUCUGCAACUGGCUUGCUAUAGUGCUGCUGCCCUAUCCAUCUCUUCACUGCGUCACGUUACAAGACUCCAAUUUCCUUCUGUUUCUGUGGCUAUAUGCGCUAGCUCUUUGAUUUGAUUCCCACCCAUUUCUCGUCUCUACCUGUGCUUUCUUUCAACACAAUGACGUUUGCAUGUUUUGAAGUAGUAUUUCAACCUAGCCAUUGAGAGACCCACCCACCCACCCACUACCUUUCAAGCUAGCUGCACAUUUUGUUCCAUGCAAGAAAGGAUCUUGAUAUCGUUCUGAUCUUACACAUCCAUCGAUCCUCAUCAUACAAUGUGAUACUGUUGAUACUGUGGUUCGUAUUAGGAUUCGAACACGUGAAAUCUCUCGGUCGGAUGCUAUGAUGAUGAUACGUAAAAAAACCCAAUUACUUUCAAUAACUCGAGUUAUUGGAAUAAAUUGAAGAAUACAUAUUGUGUACCUCACACCACCAGGUGCUAAUGCUAUGUAUACCAACCAAGGUUCCAAUAUGGUGAUAAGCGUAAGGCGGGCGUUGUUGGUUUACCUAUAGGCCUCUAUAGCCUAACUCGCCCAGAUGGUGAAAGUAAAAAAAUAGCCGUUUGUACUAAAUGAUGGAUGAACUAACAUUUUGCAACACUUUCGCACUUAAUUUCAAAAGAUGAAUGACUUACGUACCUACCACUCAACAAUAAGAAAAUUAUAUAGUUCACUAGUUCAUAGAAUCAUGGCUCAAUAUCUCACAAAGUUAUUGAACUACUCAAAAGAUUGAGAGAGAAUAUUAAGUUUGUAGAUGAUGUUCAAUUCCCUUAGACGAGUUAUUUUAGUAUUAUCUAACAUGCACCUAGACGUGCCUAACUAUGCAUAAACUUAAACUCGUGAUUUGAUCCUUAUUAUUACCCAACACACCGAUGAGCCAUUGAACCUCACAUACAUGAUUGUUGUAGAGGAAACCCGAAUUAGACAUAGCAAUGGGUAGAUCCCAUUGGGUAAUUUGAACCAUAUGGGUAUUGGGUCAGACCCAAAUGGACUUAUAUGCAAUUUUAAUGAUUUUGGGUAUGUGUUGGGUUUGAAUUGAGUCCUAUUUGGAUUAUACCCAAAUGGGUCUAAUUGAGUCUGGAUGAUUAUCUACACGGGAAAAAAUCAACCAUUCAUUAGCUACUUUCAACUCAAUUGUACACAUUUAAUGUAAGUAUUUCUAUUUUUCAAUUAUUUUCAUAACAUAAAAUAAGUCAGAUAUUUGCAUUAUAAUUGGGAACCAUCUUGUUUUGGACUUCCAAUAUUAUUGGUCCAAUUCAGACUCAAACUAAAAAAAUGUGAAGGAUAUGCCCCAAAAGCAAAAUUAUCUAAACUUGAUUGGACUCGUAAUAAAUUGAAUUUGGGUAAUACCAAACUUUGAGACCCAGUUCACGUCCCUAACCCAAAUAAUUUACCUCAUGCAUCCAAAACAAAAAUCUAACUAUUAGAGAUAUUUUUGGACAGUGAUCCCCAACUUGAAACUGAAGUCAUCAAUUCGUUUGAUCAGAAAUCCAUCUCAUCAACAAAUAUUAUGCUUCUCAUGUCAAAAAAAAAAAAAAACAAAUAUUAUGCUUUCAAUCAAAAUCAAGUGAAUGCAAGUGGGUAGCUUGAUCUGAAAUCUAUCUACACAAUCCACUUUUUAUACUUUCGGUCAUGCUCUCUCCACUCUUAAGUGUUCCAUCAUCACAUGUAAACCUUGAUUAUUUUCAAAGAUGAACUUAUUACAUGCAAUUAUUAGAAGUAACUACCUUUGUCCAAACCCAUCAUGUGUGUAUAAGGCCCAUACCCAAAAGAAAGAGUUGACUACAUUUAUUUCAUGUUGGUCUUUUCCACCUUAAAGCACAUAAUUGACCAAAAUUUUCGAAUUCGAUACUAAAAAAAAAAAAAAUUGUAAAACAAAUACCUACAUUACAUGACAGAAGAGUUACCUGUUUCGAAAAACUUGCAUAUGUCCAUAAACAAAAAUGGCCACAAUGAUCCAUAAAAAAAAAUGGCCACAAUGACAACCAACUACAGCAGAAGUACAUGUUUUUUUUAUGAACAAAAUACGCAAAGGAUCAAAUAAAUUGAAAUGGGAAGAGGAAGAAGAAGAUGAUGAUGAUAAUCAAAACUGGAGUACAGGGACACGUGGCGACACCCCAGAUGGGUAUCAAACUUGAGAAAGCAUGCUAGACAUUUUUUUUUCCUCCACGAUGUUCUUUCUUUUUGUUUUGUCAAAAAGGUUUUUCAUCUUCAUCUCCCUCUAAGGAGCAAAAAGGCAUAUGACUACCAAACUAACUAGCUAGCUGGAUUUGAAUUAUUAUAAUCAUUAUUAUUUUUAAAAAAAUAUUUUUGCAAUGAAUUAGAUGACUCCCCUAGAAAUUCCAGCUAUUUUUAGAUGAUUUUCUUGCUCAACAUUUGAAAUUAGAAUGUCUUAGGGUUUUGUUCUUCUAUUUUAUAGGUGAACACCCCAUUUUGUCUUUUUUUUUCUUUGUUUAGGGUUAGGAGAAGGGCUCUUUCAAUACCAUAUGUGUAACACCUUAAAUUUUUAGUCAGCAUACGAAAUAUCUUAUCAUACAUACAUGAACACAACAUGCUCAGAAUAUGUAUCAUUGAACCGCAUACUACUUCUCCUAAAUUCUAUUCUUUGUCGAUUUAUCGUCUAUAACAACAUCCACAUUAUUAUCGCUAGGCAAAUCCCUUAAUAGUCCUACAAUAAAUUACAUACUAUCAUAUUAUAGAUUCUAUUCAAACCCAGUGUUAAUAUCGACAGUAGUACUGUUGCAGUUUAAUUAAGAAACUGUUAUGGGGACAAUCCAAGUACCAUAUCGGUAAUACAAGGGAAAAGACCCUUGUAUAUAACCAAACUCAUUAGUACGAGAUCUUUUGGGGAGAAAAUCCAAGAGUAAAACCGUGUGGGCUUGACCCAAAACGGAUAAUAUCGUACUAAUUGAGCACCUCUAUGUUACUUUCUUUCUAGGAUCCAAGUAGAGGCCCGUAAGCAAGCUAGUUGAUGCAUGUAGUACACGUCAAAAGGGAAAGACAGGCUGAUCAACACCAAUGGACAGUUCAUACUGAUCAAUCUGAAUCUAGGGCAAUACAAAUUUGGUGGAGGAGUUAAUUAAUUAGUUUAUUCUUGUGAAAAAAAGGUGAAAGGCAGUCUCAUGCAUGUUUUCGAGGGGAUGGAAUCUUUUCCAAAUUUGGAAAAGAACAUAUGCCAAUAGGAAAGAAUAUUACAAAAAAAUAUACGGAAUCGUGCAGACAAUUCACCCCAAAAAGAUUUGAUCGUAGAAGCAAGCAACAUAAUCAUUUAUGUCACGUGGAGAAUAUUAUAAUUAGAAAUGUACUGAGAAAGGGAAAGAGUGUUCUAGUGGAGCUUUGUUAACUCAUCAAUGGCAAAGUCCAGCUAAUACAAAUCUCUCCUACCCAGCUAGCAAGCAAGCUCCCAUCUCAUGAACACGUUAUGCUCUUUUGUUUUGCUUUUCCUUCCUUUUAUGAAUCUGUGGGUUCUUUGUGGGCAAGAAUUUUACGAUAUUCGUAAGUAGCGGUGUGCUUCUAUGUACAAGCUGAAUUUGUAUCAGUAUUGAAAGUACAAGUUCAAUUUGUAGUACAAAGGAAUUUGAAAGAAAAUGUAUAGUAUAUAAUUGAAUGUAUACCGUUAUGUUAAGGUACGUAGAUAUGAAAGUAUUGCUAGCGAAGCUCUCUUGUGAGUAUGUAGAUACCAUACAAUUAGCAGUGGGAAAGCCAUGAUUUGAAACUACAUGUGUCAUUUUUUGUUGUUGUUGUAAUCUUGAAUACCAAAUAACACUCAGAAAAAUGGAUCUCAAUUUUAAUUCUGGAAAAUAAAUCAACAUUAGUAAUAUCAAACAGUGAUAAAUUCGGUACGGUAUUCGACAUAUUCCAAACAGUACCGAUACCAAACUCCCAGCCCUAUAAAACCACGAUGAAUUUAAUCUCUACAUGAGUCACACAUCUUAAUUGAUCGUGAUGCCUCGUAAAACGUAGUAUAUUCUACACUAACAAUGCACGUGAAAUUCCAACCAAGAAUGUCACUAUCUUAGACUAAUAGUUUUCUAUCAUUGGCCACACACCCAAGAGCAUAGGAACUUAGAUUGUGAAAAUAACAUGUUUGGUAUUAGGAGAUCUCGCAAAUUAUUCCAUUAAUUAAUUAACCUAUAUUAUGUCAGAGUAUAAUACCUAAUUUCCCUUAUUAUGAAUAAAAAUCCCUAGUGUCAUAUUGAUUCCGACCGUCUAGAAUAUUAAAGACUGAUGGAAUAUUAAUUAAGACUUUUAAUAAUUAUAUAUUGAGAUGGGCGGUGGUGCGAUUUGGUUCCAAAAAUGGGUGAUUGGAAAAGAAGCCCUAAAAAAGGAAUUUGAGAAGAGAGAUCGAAAGCCAAGUUGGGAGGGAGGAGACCCACGCGCAUGCCAUCUCCCACGUGGGACGCAUUGCUUUGCUGCACAUCACAUGGUCUUUGUGAGAGUGGGAAGACAUUAUUCAUCAUGCUUCUAUGUCCAUUCUUCCAAAUUCCAAUUCGACUAGGAUGCUCACAACCCAUAUAUGAUAAUACGAAUUCGUACAUUUGAAUAUCGUGAGAUCAAGUGUUUGGAAGAUGACUUUUUAUUACGAAAUUGUCAUUGCAUCCAUCAAAUAAUAUCAAAUAAUCAUGAAGAGUCUCGCGCGCUCGAUCUAACAACAAGGAGCAACACCUAUAAACACGUACACAUUUUUGGAAUGUGUUGUGGAUAACAGAAGUGUCAUUCUCCUAAUCUAUAGCUAGCAAUAACUCACAAACAUAUAUAUGCCUUGCCUAGCUAGCUGCCCCGUCAGGUUGAGGGGCAGUUACGGAGCGAGUAAAUUUGAACGAUGAGAUGAUUAGAAUCGUGAUAAUUGAGAGAGAGAGGUUAACGUCUUACCGACUUCUCUCUAUUUUCUAAAUUUAUUACAAAAUAUAAUUUGAGAGAGUUACGUUGUAGUUCUUCCUGACUUCAACCUAACUACUCGGGAGGCUCUUCCCAUUUCCCUGGCCCUAACUUUCUUAUUGCGAUAACGAAGUUGCCUAGCCUAACUUCCUGACUUUCUCUCGUAGUUGUUAAAGUACUCUUUAACUAGGAACCCUAAUAUCAUAUCCAUGCUAGCUAGGUAUAUCGAUUUAGCGUUCGGUGAUAAGGACCUAUCUACUCCGGUCUGGUCCAGUUAACCAAACCAAAAUCCAUUUAAACCAAAAACCAACUACAUUAUCUCCCAAAAAAACAGAACCCGAAACCGAUAAGAAGAGUUUCGAUUUCGGUCAAGGAUAUUAGGGUAUACAGUGAGAUUAACUCUUUGUCGAUGCACGAUAUAGUGGAUCAGAAAAUGUCGUAUAGUAUUCAUUUUUGGACCUGUCUGGAGCUUAAGGUAUAUGAUGAGAUUAACCGACUUUUUGAUGUGGCAGUAGAUCCUUUGUUGAUAAAAUACUAUUUUAUUUGAAGUAUUUCUUAACUUCGGUUUCGGAUCACGUCAGUAACCUUAGGGUCAGUAACUAUGAGUAAGGUGUCCACAUUAGCGUGACAUCAACAUCCUCAAUCUUAUGGAAAGUCUUUGAUCUUUUCUCCUUUAAUCUUUAACGGACAAUUUCUCUCGUUUUAAGUCGGAAUUUAAUUUUUUUUUGCACAGAUAAAUCAGAUUAAUUGUGUUCUUCAAAAUGAAAUUCACUUUGAUAUAUUUUUGGAACAAAAAAAAUGAAGAUGUUUUUUACGAUUCUAUACCAUAUAUGGUAUUAAAUGGUAUUAAAUAAAAGCAUACCAUACGGUAUGAAAGCGUACCAUGGUGGUAUGAACAUACCAAGACUGUAGGAUGGUUGAAUACAUGAUAGUAAGAGUAUACUAACUGUCAUUUACGACUUUCAUCAUUGUGUACUACAAGUUACCACCCCCAUGCCAGGAUGGUUGAAUACAUGAUAGUAGAAGUAUACUAACUGUCAUUUACUACUUGGAAAAAAAAUCCAAACAAUAUAUUUAAAGUUCUAAGUAUUUAAAAUCAUGUAUUUAGAAAUACACACUUAUCCGAGCAACAACUUCUAAAUCCUUUGCAUUUCAAAUACAUACAUUGUCUUCCAUCCAAUUACACUGUAAGAUAACCAUCAUUAAGUUCAUAACCCGAAGCUAGCAGAGCAGCGCAAACUAAUUACAAUUUUUUGUUGCAAGAUACUAAAAAAAAAUCACUAGCAAGCCAAUUACCUAGUAAUAAUACUAAAACACGACAGAUGUUUCUUCAGCUUCAAUUAACUUAAACCAUCUUAAAUAGUUAAGCUCCUUCUUUUCAAUUCCCCAAAGACAUACAGUGGGAUGGGAUUAGAUGCUAACCCUUAUAGGGGUUAGAACCGUGAUAACUAGCAAAAAACGCUACUAAAAAUA